UCAGAGAGGGGAAAGAGACGGCAGAGAGCUGAAGUCAUCAGUUAGCAGACGAGCACACGAGCUGAGAGCAGGCGAGAGAAAGGGAGAGAUAGUGAAUUGCUCAACCGUGAAACUGUGAGCUAUCGAGAUUGAAUAGAGAAGAGCGACGUUUCGGCGACUAUUUAGAAAUAAAGCGCCAAAGUUUCACUGAAAGUUCCUGAGAUGCUGUGAUGAGGAUGACGCGAGGACCUCCUACAUGUCAGGCUCAAUAAAUAAAGUAACCUUCACACCUGGACGUGUCGUGCGGAAUCACAGUGGGGAAUACAUACAGUCAUUCAGGAAGACAAUCCAACUUUAUCACCAUGCCAGUUUAAUUUGAUUCCCUCCUCCCCAUCUUUAAGUUUUGCUUACAGUGCGCUGGAUGGAGAACUAACAUUUUCAUUGUUUCCAUGGAAUGAGUGGCUCUCUCUUUGGAUAUCUCACAGUGGCACAUAUGUGGAUUGCCUCCAAUAUGUUACUGCCGAAUCGGCCCAGGUGCAUUUGGGCCAUUGAAAAUUCUGUUUCUCUUGCGUGCGAGCACAGCUGGGGCUUCUGCCCGGUUUAGGAAUAACAUUGAGUAUUGCACAGAUCCAAGUGCGAUAAGGGACAUUGAAAUUGACAGGACAAGCAUCAUUCCCCUGAUUACUAUGCAAUUACAACUGAUCUCCAUUGUUUUGAUCUUGCAUUGUAUGGAAUACACAAACUGUCAGCAUCACGGCUCCAGGCACCGGCCACACAAACAGGGUUCAGGGGUGAGCUCCCAGGGAUGCCAGGGAGGCUGUCAGACCUGCUCGGUUUACAAUGGAUGUCUGACCUGCAAACCCAAGCUUUUUAUUCACCUGGAGAGGGACGGGAUGAGGCAGAUCGGUGUGUGCCUGGCCUCCUGCCCUAAUGGUUUCUACGGCACCCGUUCCCCCGACCGGAACGACUGCAUAAAGUGUGGGUCAGAGUGCGACUCGUGCUUUAACAGGAACUUCUGCCUGCGCUGCAGAGCGGGCUCCUACUUGCACAAGGGCAAGUGCAUGGAGAGCUGUCCAGAUGGGCUGGUGCCCAGUGAUACCAAGAAAGAGUGUGUCCCUCCAUGUCCUGUGGACUGUGAGUCCUGUCAGAACAGUGACACAUGUACGAGGUGUGUGCCGGGACACUACCUACUGCAUGGGCAAUGUCAUCACGUCUGCCCGGACAAGUUUGAGCCCAACAACUCAGUGGAGUGCAUCCCGACAGUGCACUGUGAAGUGGGCGAGUGGAGCGAAUGGGGCCCCUGCUCACGCUCAGGUAAAACCUGCAGCUUCCCAUGUGGUGAAAAAACAAGGACCAGGAAGGUCCUACAGAAUCCCUCUCCAAUGGGAAGCCCGUGCCCUGCGACUUCUGAAAAGAGGGAAUGCUCUGUCAAAAAAAGAUGUAAGCCGAAAGGUCAGCGGCGGCGAGAGAAUAAAAAACUCAAGAACCGGCAGGAGAAAGAGAACGGUGAGGCCCGUCGAGAGCGGAAGAGAGAACGAGAGAAGGAGACGAUCGACCGAGAGGAUUCAGAAAGCCGGAACAAAACAGAGCACCGUUGCCGGAGGGACCAGAGCAGAGACGCUGGAACAGUAUAAAGAAAUGCUGCUCCUCACUGCUCCUCUGCCUUUCUUUCCCCUAUCAGUCCAUGUCACCCCCUCACCCUCUUAACCCCUCGCCGAGGGGGUGUUGCUGCUACCUGUAUAAUUUAAACGUAUACUGUAUAUGCACAUGAGAGAGGGGGCGCUCGUGAUCCACACCAUUGCAGACAUUGAGGACGCUCCGUAACCUUCAGAGGGCACCCUUCACCCCCCUCGCGCCCGUCCUGGUACUGGAUUGAGGCUGAACUGUGUAACGUGGGGGCCAGGCAUGUUCGAUGAUCCGUGGAAUGGGUUUAUUUUUUAAAAGGGGGUCCAGGUACAGCACUGUAUCAUGGUUUGAAUGUAGGUUUUUGAGACAUUAACGUAGAGUUGUUGUAUAAACGUCUGUAUUUUUUUUGGGCUGAGUAAAUUAAAAAUGAGCAUGCUUACUGCCACCGCGGACAUUGCCUGCCGCCAGAGGCUGAAAGACUGCAUGUUGAUUGGUGUAAAUGGCUAACGAACUGGCUUUCUUCGUACUGGAUGAGCAACAACACUCUUGCUGCAACGUUUUAGUAACUUGAGUUCAGUUUUCUCCGAACGAAGUGUUGAUUUGCCUGUCUGUAUAAACAGGAUCUGAGCUUUCCAUUGAAGCCAGCUGACCAGAAAUCAAAAGCACCUGUAUGUCAAAUAAACAAUACUGAGUUUGUA